AUGCAAAAAAAAAAAAAAAAAAAAACGAAGGGAAAGGAAGUGUGGGAAAACAUCAGAAACGAAAUUGUGGAGCUUGGGGUUCUUGCAACCUGCGACUGCGGGAGAGAAUCGAAGGCGACAAAGCUUGCAUCUGAUUCUGAGAAGAGGAGGGUUUUCCACUGUUUGCUGUAUAAUCCGAAUGUGGUCCAAUUGGUUGUCGUUCAUAUGUUUUUGGUUUUUGUUGUUGUUUUUGCAAUCUCUUUGGGUUUGAGAAGCAUAUUAGGGUUCGCUCUUGGAGAAGGAAUAGUAAGGAAAGUAAGGGAAAUUAAAGCAAUGACCUGGGUGAGGAGAAUUGGAAGAGUUUACUUGAGGGGUGUAUGGGAGGCAUACAGGCUGGAGGUUGUAUGUGGGUACUGUUGGAGGAGGCUUCUGCGGGGUAUGGGCUUAUGGCAUAGUAGGAUGUUUGUUGGCCAAGGUGAGAUUGCAUUCUCUACAUCUAAGCAUGCCUGUUGCCAUGUGCAAGGGUUGUGUGGCUUGGUAUUACUGCAAAUAGAUAUGCCUUGCCCUGCCCUGCUUUGCCCCCCUCAUACUGCAGAAUAUGACUCAAAUAAAGCUUGCAAAGCUCGGGCAGUCCUCUUACAAGUUGAUUUUGUGGGACUGAGUAGGUAUCCUAGAUUUAUUAUUGGGCAACAUGCAUUGCCGUUCUCUUGGCCAAUUGCUCUAGUAUUCAUGAUUCCAGAAAAACUGGUAUUUAUGGCAGGACUUAUGCCUGGAGAGUUGCCACAUCAUGGACCAUCUGACGGAAACUCUGGUAAAAGUUCUAAAGACAAGCAAGAGGAAUCAUUAGGCCGCUGGUAUAUGUCUAGAAAAGAGAUAGAGGAACAUUCCCCAUCAAGAAAAGAUGGAAUUGACUUGAAGAAAGAGACAUAUCUACGCAAGUCAUACUGCACGUUCCUGCAGGAUUUAGGCAUGAGACUUAAAGUGCCUCAGGUAACUAUAGCCACGGCCAUAAUCUUUUGUCAUCGAUUCUUUCUUCGACAAUCUCAUGCAAAGAACGACCGAAGGACCAUUGCAACAGUUUGCAUGUUUCUUGCUGGGAAGGUUGAAGAGACUCCUCGGCCACUAAAGGAUGUUAUUCUUGUUUCUUAUGAGAUCAUUCACAAGAAGGAUCCCGCAGCUGCACAGAGGAUAAAACAGAAGGAAGUAUAUGAGCAGCAAAAAGAAUUAAUUUUACUUGGAGAGAGGGUUGUGCUCGCCACUUUAGCUUUCGAUCUGAAUGUUCAACAUCCUUAUAAACCUCUUGUGGAGGCCAUAAAGAAGUUCAAUGUUGCAAAGAAUGCCCUUGCCCAAGUUGCGUGGAACUUUGUUAACGAUGGGCUGAGGACAUCGCUCUGCCUACAAUUUAAGCCACAUCAUAUCGCAGCAGGUGCCAUUUUCCUUGCUGCCAAGUUCUUGAAAGUGAAGCUUCCAUCAGAUGGUGAGAAGGUUUGGUGGCAAGAGUUUGAUGUCACCCCACGUCAAUUAGAGGGAAUUCUCAUAAGAGAACAGUUUAAUGCUAGAAAUAGUUUAAAACGAUCUGUCCUUCUGUAUGUAUGUACGCUUCCGUAUCCUUCUCAGUCCUUGGUAUUUUCCCUCGCAGAAGUUAGCAAUCAAAUGUUGGAACUCUAUGAGCAGAAUAGAAUUCCACCAGCACAGGGAAGUGAAGUAGAAGGAAGUGCUGGAGGUACAAGAUCAAAGGCUCCUGCUGUGAAUGAGGAACAGGCGUCAAAGCAAAUAUCAUCUCAAGUACCUCAGCACUCAUCCGCAGAAAGAACUGUGGUACCACAAAGAGGAACUGAGAACCAAAGCAACGAUGGGAGUGCAGAAAUGGGCAGUGACAUAACUGAUCACAAAAUGGACUUGGACAAUAGGGAGUCUCAGAAUUCAGAACAGUUGACUCAGAAAGAUAACAAGAGAGAAGUGUCAAAUAGAUCUAAAUCUGGCUCCGAACGAUUAGUUGCAGGAGACCAAGAGAGAAUGGUUGGGACUAAGGAGGGUGCAGAAGUAGGAAGGAAAGAUGAAUCAAUAGUAUACAAUUCUGGAAGCAAUGUUGGUCGAAAUCUGGAGCGCCGCGAAGGCCCACUAAGUCAUUCACCCAAAGAAGCAAUCAAGAUUGACAAAGACAAGUUAAAGGCUGCGUUGGAGAAGAGGAGAAAGGAACGAGGGGAAAUGACAUUAAAGAAAGAUGUAAUGGAUGAGGAUGAUCUCAUUGAGAGGGAGCUUGAAGAUGGAGUUGAAUUGGCAGUUGAGGAUGAGAAAAAUAAGCGUGAGAGAAGACAGAACUGGUCUAAGCCUGAUGGUGAAGAUCAUCAUGGCAAGAACCAAGAAGAAACUAGAGAUGGUAGGCACAUGAGCAUGAAGGGGCAGUUUCAGAAAGACAUGGAGGAGGAGAAUGCAGAAGAAGGGGAGAUGAUUGAUGAUGCUUCAUCCUCAUUGAACAAUCGCAAGAGAAGGAUGGGAAGCCCUCCAGGGAGGCAACCAGAGAUGAAAAAGCGGCCCGAUUCCAAUUAUCACAAUGAUCUUUCUGAAUAA